AUGGAGCCCACGGAGCCGUCGCGUGGCACCAAGCGCCCUCUCACCGCCACCGCAGGCGACGACGACGAUGCCGGCCGGGAGCGCAAGCCGCGGUUCCCUAAGGGGAAGAAGGCCAAGUACCGCGACGCCGGUGCGGAGGGAGGCCCCUCCGGCAACGCCGUGGACCUCGACAGCAUGCUGAACCCGGAGCUUGCGGCGGAGCGCCGGGCACGGCAGCGCCACGGCCAGCUCAAGGAGGGCGACGACGCGAAGGGAGGUGCUGCUGACGUCAAGGGCUUCGAAGUCCGCUACAACGAUGGCGUUAACUUUGUUGAUGAUGGUAUCCGGAUAGAGCCGUUUAACUUGGAGCGAGAAAGGGAAGAAGGUUAUUUCGAUGAAAAUGGGAACUUUGUGGAGUACGCAAGAGGCAAUGAGAUUAAGGAUGCCUGGUUGGACAGUGUGGAAGUUGACCCAACGUAUGCUGCAAAGGUUCAGAACAAAGGCAAAGAGAAAGUAGAAGAGUUUGAGGACCUCUCUUCCGAUGACAUUGGGAGGCUAAAAAGGAAGAUAGCAAACUUGCUUGAACCAGGAGAAACGAUAAUGCAAGCUUUGAAAAGGUUGAAGGGUACAUCCACGGAUAAACGUGGAAAGAUGGCUGAGGGGACUAAACGUAUAUUUGAUGAAUUGACUGAAGCUGCCAUGAAGCUAAUGGAGAAUGGCGACUAUAAUGUUUACUCAGAUGAUCGUGAGACCUUUGAACGCGAGGCUGCUGGGUAUGAACGUUUGGCACGUGCUCGACUUGGUUUGCCAGAAGUUGAUGAUGUCUCUGAAGAUCCAAAAUAUAACCAGACACCAUCGUCAGUACUGGAAAUUGACCAACCAUCAUCUGUACUGGAAAUGGAACUUGGUCCCUCAACUGCCAAUAUAUCUACAGCCACUGCUGCAACCAACGACGAUGACAGUAACCUGGACAUGUUUGGUGAUGAUGACAGCGAUGAUGCCAAUCAUAGUUCUGAUGCCAAUACUGUAGGUUCAGGUUUGCAUCCUGGAACCUCAGAUGUGAAGAAAGCUGAUAAUGAAAGCGUGGACUCAGACUAUGUCUAUGAUCCUUCUUCAGGUUACUACUAUAGCAGCAGCACAGGCUAUUACUAUGACCCUAACUCUGGAUAUUAUGGUUCUGCAUCUACGGGAACCUGGUACUCAUACGAUGAGCAAACUGGAACGUACAAAGAAAUUCAGGAUGAACAAACUGGCACGGCCAAAGAAGAGCUGGGAGAUGCCAUCAAGGAGUAA